CUUAGGCUAUUGCCUUAAAAUGAUAUGUUAAAAUGGAUGGACGGCGUGGAUAAAACGUGUACAUCACGGUGGGCCCCACAAAGCCCUUGCCAGUUUUCAAAAUUUUAUAAUGUGCUUGGAAUCCCCUCGCAUCCCAAAAUCUAAUCAAAACAUGGCUUCCAUCCUUCUUCCCCGACCCCUCAUUCGGAAACCCGCUCUCCUCCGUUUCAUCAACACCCUUGAAUUUCUCUCUCCCGAAAUCGGACCGCUCGAUGACGAAGAUCAAGCAGAUGAAGAAAAGAUUAGCAUUUCGAACCGUACAUACUGGACACGAAAGAUCCAUACCCUCUGCACAACCCAGUCUGAUGUGGAUGCGGCCAUUCACCUCCUCGAUCGUCUCCGCCUCCGUGGCUAUGUCCCCACUCCCUUCAAUCUCAGCAGCAUCGUCCACGCGCUUUGUGGGUCCGACCGCUUCUCGGAGGCCCACCGUCGCCUCCUCCUCUCCCUCGCCUCCCCGUCUUUCUCCCUAGACCAUCGGACCUGCAACGUCCUCCUCGCCCGCCUCCUCGACGCCCGUACCCCUUCUCUCACGUUACGCGUCGUGAACCGCAUGAUCGCUGUGGACGGCAGUUUCGUUCCGUCCAUCAUCAAUUACAACCGCCUCAUUGAUCAGCUGUGCUCAGAUUCGAAACUCCUUGAAGCACGCCAACUGUUCGAUGAUAUGUUGAGCAGGGGCCACUCUCCCAAUGCCGUCUCCUACACCUCCCUCAUUAAUGGGUUUUGCAAAAUCGGUGAAUUGGGUGUCGCCCAACAGCUGUUCGAUGAAAUGCUCAAGAGGGGCAUCCCGCCCAAUUCGCUUACAUACAGCAUUCUUCUGAAAGGAGUCCUGCGGAAACGUAAGGUUGAGGAAGGGAAGGAGCUGAUGCAAAAGCUUUGGCAGUGGAUGCUUGAUGAAGAAGGCCCAUCUUCUGUUAAUAAUGCAUCUUUUGCGAAUCUUGUUGAUGCGCUCUGUCGAGAGGGAUUCUAUCAUGAAGUUUUCAAGAUCGCAGAGGAAAUGCCGCAAGGGAAGAGUGUUUGUGAGGAAUUUGCUUAUGGUCAGAUGAUAGAUUCGCUGUGUAGGGCCAGACGGAAUCAUGGGGCAUCUCGGAUUGUAUAUAUAAUGAGGAAGAGAGGGUUUGUUCCUAGCUUGGUUUCUUACAAUUCUAUAGUCCAUGGUCUUAGCAAGGAAGGGGGUUGUAUGAGAGCUUAUCAGCUGUUUAAAGAAGGGAUUGAAUUCGGCUACUUGCUGACGGAGCCUACAUAUAAGGUCCUGGUUGAGAGUCUUUGCCGAGAGUCUGAUCUAUGCAAGGCCAAGGACGUGCUCGAUUUCAUGUUAGACAGAGUCGCCGACAAGACCCGGAUCUACAAUAUAUACUUGAACGCGUUGUGUGUUCUGGAUAAUACCAGCGAGUUACUGAAUGCGCUUGUUUCAAUGCUUCAGAAUCAAUGCAAGCCCGACGUGGUUACACUUAAUACUGUUAUUCACGGAUUCUGCAAGAUGGGUAGAGUUGAUGAUGCUAUGAAAGUCUUAGAUGACAUGCUGGCAGGAAAUUUCUGUGGUCCAGAUGUAGUGACUUUCACCACCAUUAUAGGCGGUCUAUUGAAUGUGGGUCUGAUGGAUGCAGCACUUGAUCUCUUGCAUCGGAAAAUGCCCGAGAGUGGUUGUAGGCCAAGUGUUGUGACUUAUAAUGUUGUUCUCCGCGGGUUAUGUAAGUUCCAGAAGAUUGAUGUGGCGAUGGAGAUUUUCAGUGGGAUGGUUAGGGAGGGUGUGAGUGCUGAUAGCACGACUUACACUAUAAUUUUAGAUGGGUUUUUUGGAAGUAACCGAAUAGAAGAGGCUAAGAAGUUUUGGGAUGGUGUUAUUUGGCCGUCGAAGAUUCAUGAUGAUUUUGUUUAUGCGGCGAUACUUAGAGGCUUAUGUGAUGCUGGAAGGAUGAAUGAGGCAUGUGAUUUCUUGUAUGAAUUGGUCGAUUGUGGGGUUGCUCCAAAGAUUGUGAAUUACAAUAUUGUGAUUGAUAGUGCUUGCAAUUUGGGUUUGAAGCAAGAGGCUUAUCGGUUAGUGAGGGAGAUGAGGAAGAACGGGUUGGUGCCAGAUGCAGUGACAUGGAGGACUUUAGACAAGUUGCAUGGGAAUGCACAGAAAAGAUGUGUGAGUGUUCGCAAUGAGGAAACUCAAGGGGAUGUGGAGGAAUCAUCAAUGACUGGAGAUGUGGAGGAUGAAGAGAGUGGAAAUAGCUUGAAGGAACGCAUGGGUGAAGAUUCACUGGAGGGUCUCGUAGAUCCAUCUUUUAUUACAGAAGAACAGAGGAAAGAAGAAGAUAGUGGAGAUGGUGAUAAUCAUGGUGAUGAUUUUACUAGAGAUAAGGAAAUAUGGCAGCAAUCGGGACGGGCAGAGCCUUUAUCUAGGAUGGCUCGAAGAGUGUUUGGGCUGCUUUAGAAGAUUUUGAACAUUAUGAAGAAGUGUUGUUAAGGCGAACUAUGAUGAUGAGGAAUUGCACUGACCAAGUCGAUCAGUAGCUGAGGCUUCUGAAUUCCAUGCAUGUUGGGCCAUGAGUCAUUGAUCUGAUGGGCCCAUUAGUCAGUGAUCUCUCACAUUGAGAGAUCCUUGCUCUUCAGUCAGGGCCUCGUUCAACAUAGAACAGGCCAAUAUGGGAGGGUUAAGAGUCUUCUGAUCUAGAAGAUUUUGAGGCAUUUGAUCAAUAUCUACAUU